AUGAUAAUUGUGAUAUCUGUAGUUUUUCAAAACAUCACUACAUUACAGCUUCCGGUGGAUGAUAACAUUGAACGUAAUGAUGAGGAACUGAUGAACGUCGAUGUUCAAUCAAAAAAUGUUGCUGAUGAGCAAAAAAUUGCUGAAAGUGAAGUUGCUGCAGUAGACGAUCAAAAAGAUCUUAUCCAACAGGAAGAUAAAGAUGUUUUGGACGACGAAACACAUCAAAAAAUUGUUAUCAAAUGUGUAAGCCAGGUAAAGGUGGGGAAGAAGUAUCGGAAAGGUAAACGAUGCAAUAAGGAUAAAGAUAAUACAUCUGACGAUGAAAGUACUACUACUGUUAACAGUCAAACAGAUAAGCCUGUUAUUCCUGUCGGUGAUACAGCAGAGAGUCUGGAACCACCCAAAACUGAUGUCGAAUCCGAACCAGGCGAUGUCGAUUUCCAAGAUUUCAAAAGCAAUCGCGGAAAGGAAAGUCAAUAUUACUACUAUUACUAUUACUACUACUGA